GUGGCGAUCUGUCCCUUACUUUGCACUCUAUUCUCUCUCCAAAGUGUGCAGGGCAGGAGCAGGAAGUGCAGCUUUUAGUCCAAGGAACAGCACGUUUUUUGGUCGAAGGCGAUUGUAGUCCUUUCAUUGGUUUCUGUAUUUACAUGAAGGAUGACCGAUGGAGUCCACCUAUUCGGCAUUUCAUUCCUAUGACUUUGAAGGAGACGAAACUUAUAAGAAAGGAGCUCAAGCGCUGCGCGACCUGUCGACGGAGCACGAAUUACGCCUGAAGAUCUUCUAUUACAGCAGGUUUAUUCAGCCAGUUGACUUGGAGGGCUACAAGCAGUGGGCCUCUGUGCACCUCUCGCAGCCCCCACAUGAGACACACCGUGCGUUUCAAGUAGCUGAUGAGCCGCAGGCAGCAAUUGGACCUCUGCAAAUAUCAGUUUUACCUGUCUGGAAUACACAGGACUUCAGUUCAGUUCCUGGCACGGUGGCCACAAAAGCUGCAGCUGAGACAAAGACUGCAAGCUUGGGUACAACCAUAUCUCAGCCUGAGAAAAGCAAAGACUGUAACAGCGAUGAUUUGAAAGGAGAUAAGCACCCAGUCUUGGAUUUGAGGGAAGACUAUAAUACCCUUUCUUUUCAGCAGGUUUUUCAACUGAUAGAAUCGGGUCAAGAUGUUCCUGGGAUUAAAAAACUGAACAUCACUGCAUGUAAUCAAGAACCAACGGCCUCACAGGUUACUAGGAGAAGAAAGCCAUGGGAUGGUGAAGACUAACACCUUAUGUGUGCUGUAGGCAUUCUGCUCCCAGCAAAUUUGAACACAGGGCCUCAGCUGUUAACAUUAUCUGGCAUGGCAAAGAGUGGAAUAAAACUGAAAUAUUGUGAUAAGCCCAAGUGGAGGAUUGUGGUGCAUAUAAACUUACAAUCCUCAUUUUGUGGAAGUAUGUUUGUAAAUGUCACAUUACUGCCUAUGGCUUUAAUCAAAAAGUUCAUGCGAAAUGAACAAUUAGAAAUUUAAAUAAUACUCUUGGCAGGUUUUUUUUACACUAAAUGUGAAAGAAUUGGCAUUAUUCUCAUGUAGUGUGUCCACAGCCCUCUUAUCUGCUAUCCACUCUCUUCGCAUUUCACUAGUUCUGUAUUGGGUAAAUGUAAAGGCUCAUCUUGGCUCCUGUCAGCUUCAAGUUGGGCUCAUGUUAAAAUUUGUGCCAACUACUGAUCCAUCUCACAGCAUGAUGUGCCAUGAAAACAGAACUGACAGUCACUUGGUGUCACUGGAUUUCCUGUUGCUUCAUGCAGUGGUCCAGAGUUUUCAGUUGAACGCUACAGUUGAAUUGAUCAACUAUAUUCAUUUAUGAAGAAAUAAAAUGAUUUAUUGUA